GUGAGCAAGACAAUAACAAGAAAAGAAGAUGGGCAUCACUUCAUCUGAUGUUGCCAUGUUUGCCCUUAUUUACCUGUUUCUUUUAGUCCUGCUGCUCUUAUGACUCAACUCUGUCAGAAGACGCUGUCAGAAGACAUGCCAUUAAAGACCAGUGCUGCCUGCAACAGACACAGUGAGGACUGGGAAAGCAAGGAUUUGUCAAGCUCCUCCUUUGUCUCUAAUAGUAUAUAAUGGCUGUGGAUAAGGCCUUGAUCCAUAAAAGAAAUAUGUUUCUUAAGUUCUGCCUGUGGAAGAUGUUCUUCCUCUCUUCAUGGUCACCAACUGGACAUGCUAAGUACAGUAGCCGUCCAGAAGUAGUGAUACCCUUGAAGGUGAAGGUCACUGGCAGAAAUAAUAUUUCCCCAGGUUGGCUGUCCUAUAGCCUGCACAUUAGGGGACAGAGACACAUAAUCACUAUGAAACCCAAGAAUUACUUGAUAUCCAGAAACUUCUUAUUACUCACUUAUAGUGACCAAGGUGAUCUCCUUGAAGAACAGCCUUUUGUGCAGAAUGACUGCUACUACCAUGGCUAUGUGGAUGAAGACCCAGAAUCCCUGGUCAUCGUUAACACCUGUUUUGGGCGUUUGCAAGGCAUACUAGAGAUAAAUGGCACAACUUAUGAGAUCAUGCCCAAGAGCUCAACUUCAACAUUUGAACAUCUGGCUUACAAAAUGGACAGUGAGGAGUCAGAAUCAAUUCCCAUGAGAUGCGGGUUAACCGAAGAGGAAAUAGCACGGCAAAUGAAGCUACAAGAAAGUAAUGACUCCAAACUUUUGCAACUCCCAUAUGAGAAUUGGUGGACCCACCACAGGUUUAUUGACUAUUUUGUAGUAAUAGACCAUAAACGAUAUGUUUAUAGAAAUAACAAUACCACAAAAUAUAUUCAAGAUAUGUUGCAAAUGGUCAAUGGAGUAAAUGGUUAUUAUCUUCAAAUAGAGACUGAUGUGGUUUUAACCACUCUUGAAGUGUGGAGUAGAAAAAACCUUAUCAAUGUAGAACGAGAUAUAACUAAUGUCCUAGAUAAUUUCUGCAAUUGGAAGAUAAACACAAUUGACAAUCAAAUUAGACAUGAUAUCAUACACCUUUUUGUCAGACAUGGAUAUGGUGUAUAUUUAGGGUUAGCUCAUGUAGCCGCAGUUUGUACAUCUUAUAAUUGUGCAGUUAACAGUUUCAUGUCUGAUUCAAUGUCAGACAUAGCAUUUAUUGUAGCACAUGAGAUGGGUCAUAACUUGGGUAUGCUGCAUGAUGUAAGUGGAUGUACUUGUAAUUUAGAGAACUGUAUAAUGGCCCCCUAUAAAUCAAAUUCCCCCAAAUUCAGCAACUGUAGUUAUGAGCAAAUGUAUUCCGUUGUUAACAAAAGAAGUUGUUUAUACAAUAUUCCAGAAGCAAUAGUAACAAAUGUGACCGAGUGUGGAAAUAACUUGGUUGAGGAAGGAGAGCAGUGUGAUUGUGGGAGCUCUGAAUCCUGUUCAACAGAUCCAUGCUGUAGUGAGGGCUGUUUUCUCAAACCUGGUGCUCAAUGUGCUUCUGGGCUUUGUUGCCAACAUUGCCAGUUCCUUCAAACAGGCACCAUGUGUAGAAAAGAGAAAAAUGAAUGUGACCUUCCAGAGUGGUGCAAUGGAACUUCAGCUGAGUGUCCAGCAGAUGUGUAUAAAGAAGAUGGAAGCCCUUGCAGUGGUGAUGGUUAUUGCUAUAAGAUGGCGUGUCAUCAACAUGAUGAACAGUGUCGGAAGAUUUUUGGCAAUGGAAGUCGAAGUGCAAAUGAAAUUUGCUACAUGGAAAUGAACAAACGGGGUGACCGUUUUGGUAACUGUGGUAAUGACAGCUCUAAAUACAGGAGGUGCAAACCCGCUGAUGUACUCUGUGGGCGAAUUCAGUGUGAGAAUGUGACAGAACUUCCCCAAAGGAGAAACCAUGAAACAGUGCAUUACACUCACUUCAAUAAUGUCAUCUGCUGGACUAUGGACUAUCAUUUUGGAAUAGCCAUAGAUGACAUUGGAGCAGUGAGUGAUGGCACAACUUGUGGACCAUAUCAUUUAUGUGUUGACAGAAAGUGUGUUCACCAUUCGAUUCUGUCAAGUAACUGUUCAACAAUCUUUUGCCAUAUGCACGGCGUCUGCAAUAAUAAACACCACUGUCAUUGUGAUGUCACAUGGGAACCCCCAGACUGUCGACUACGUGGCCAUGGAGGUAGUAUAGACAGUGGACCAGCCCCAGUGACUUUCUCACAUUCUUUUUGGGCUUUAUACUUCAUUACUUUUUUAAUUAUUUUAUCAGUGGUUAUCAUUUCUUUAAUUGGUGUAAUUAAGAGGAAAUGAUGAAUUAAUCCCUAACAUAAGUUGUGCAGGACUCAUCAUCUAGUGAUAAAAAUACAUCUGAAAAACCAAGCCUCAGGUCUGCCGACUUACAUAGCCAACAGAAGAUGCCACAGUUAAACACACACACACACACACACACACACACACAAGAAAUAGAAAUAAAAUAAUUAUCCUAC